AUGGACGGGAAAGCCCUUCAAACCGUUCCGUUCUUUACCAUUUCCGAACCGUUUCAUGCACCGAAACCGUUAACGUUGCUCGCCGAAAAGCCGCGCUUUUACGGCUCUCACUUGUCCGGCGUUUCUGCAGACCUUUCUCUUUGUGGUGUUGACAACAAAGAAACGGAACCGGAAACGGAAACGGAAACGUCGCCGGUUCUUGACGGAAUCGCUGCCGUUGUGGGUCAGCACGUCCUCUUCGGAGGUAACAUUAACACCAACAAAAGUGUAAGCAUCAGCUACAAGACCGAUACGAAACGUUUCGGUGCCGAAACGGUGAAGGGUACUGGCGGAAACGUUGCGGUUCAGAAGAGCUAUAGAGGGGUGAGGAAGAGGCCGUGGGGGAGGUGGUCGGCGGAGAUACGCGACCGUAUAGGGAGGUGCAGACACUGGCUGGGGACGUUCGACACGGCGGAGGAUGCGGCGCGUGCGUAUGACGCGGCGGCGAGGCGGCUGAGGGGGUCGAAAGCCCGAACCAACUUCGAAAUCCCUUCGGUUCUGCCGCUAGUAAUGUCAUCGCCUUCAACAUCUUCGUCUUCAUCUUCGGAAGCUAAGAAGGUGAGCGCCAAGGCUAAGGCGGCGGCGCAGAGUGGGAGGAGGAAGUGCUCGGUGGUGACUUCGGUGGCUCAGCUUUUCAGCUCAAAUGUUUGUAGUACUACAAGAGAAGGGAAUGGGAACGGGAGCUUGGAGCUUGAUUUGAAGCUGGGUGUGAAUUUCGGCGGCAGAAGUUCUCCAUCUAUGCCUGUUUAG